CACCGACAUGCUCGAGGAAGGGAUGCAACCACUGGUUCGCUUCAUCGCACCCUGAGCAUUCAUACGACCGCAAUCGAACAAACCUACAUGGCCGAAGAAUGCGACGAGAACGACUAUCACCUCGAUCUCGAUACCUACAAACCGGUGCAGCCAAUCACGACCGAUCAUGGAGUUGCAUUAUUCCCUGCUGCUGCACCGCACACCGGCAUGGAUUUGCAUCUUCUGCAGGUUCUGCAUCAUGGAUCAACCUUGGUGCACUGGGACUCCGAAGGAGGCACUACAAGGACUGCUUUGGUCUUUGGGCGGGUGGAUCGUGCCUGCGGGACUUUCCUUUGGGAGAAGCCACCCUGGAGUCCUCUAAAGACUGCUCAGAUCGGUGGUACAGCCUUCACGGAAUUCUCGCUGACUGCUAAUCCAGAGGACCCCGUGCCAGCCAGUUUAUCGGGGAGGUAUACGGCCCAACAGUCGGAAUGCGCGUCCGUGACGCUGGAAGAGGGAUUUUUGGAUUUGAGCUCCGUCAAAGAAGUUAUGAUCGGCUGUUGUGAUCGGGACAGAGAAGCGGACCUACGAAGCAUUUGCAAGAGGUACGGGCUAUCGGGCUCCGACUCGUGUAUCGGCCUCAUGUACGGCUCAAGUCUGCCGGACAAUCGACUGAUCUUUCUGCUUUGCCCUCCUGCCCUCAGCAAAAUUUGGUACAUGGGUCUUUGUUGGAUCCUACGAGGCCUGAAACGGCAACAACAACUAACGGAUCGUAGAUCACGAUGGUUGAAAGAAAAAUACCUUCAGCUUUAUUUUGAAGAAGGUGGCCUGGAGCCAAUGACGGCGGACGCUAUAAGGGCUUUCGGCGGCCGUGACUGGUCCACGAAUGAAACUAUCGGAACACUUUCACCAACGAGUAGCACUCUUCGCAAACGAAACGUUAAGGGAAAAAAAACGAAAUCUAUAGGCAAUAUACAUGCAUUAACAAAGGAUUUGUGCUUAAAACAGUAUGACUGCUCGUCCUCAGAAGGAGGCUUAUCAGCGACCCCUCUACGUCAGAUUACGGGUAGCAGAGAAAGCCUGACGAGAAUCAUACCAGCAUCCCCACGGUCUACGAGAGAUCGAGUUCCUCCGCGCAGUCCUCCUGGUUCUGCCGAACGAAGUAUUAGUUCGAACUUGCCUUACACCAGCUUUCAGAGCCUAUUAUGUGUCGCCAGAGACAAGGAUAAGAAUGGAUCUGGAAUGUCAGGUGGAUUGGAAGCACCAUGGCAAGUGAAAGCGCGAACAACUUCCAUAAUGUACGAAACUCAGUUAAACUUCGUCGAGUUCGUCGCACUAUUUCGCUCAUUCAGCCUGAGAGCCCGAAAGGAUUUACGCGACCUAUUCGGCCAGCUGGCGAUCACCUGUCGCAGCCAGAGUGACGGUUCUUUGGGGGACUUCAGUAUACGACCGCCAGUGUUACGCCAAGCCAGCGAUGCCACACCUCAACGAAUCGGUCUCCUGACGAGGAAUAACUCUAUCGACUGUCACGAAUACAAAAGUAGCAGCAAUAUGCAAAAGAAACAAGUUCUGGAUGCAGUGGCUACAGCUAGCAUCAUUAACAAUUGUUCCGGCGUUGACACUUCGAAAUCCCAAGUCAUCACUCUGGCAACGUUCACGAAAUUUCUGGAAUCACGACAACAAGAGAAAUUAUCGGAUGACGAAAUCAAGGCACUUGUUAAGCGACACGAACCGGACCCAGCACUACGCACACAAUGGUGUUUGUCUUUCGAGGGCUUCGCACGUUACAUGAUGGACAAGGACAAUUAUGCUUUCCCAAACGAGUACGCGACACCGUCCGAGAUUGAAAUGCAACAGCCAUUGUCCCAGUAUUACAUCGCCAGCUCGCACAACACUUAUUUGACCGGCCAUCAACUGAAGGGAGAGUCUUCGGUGCAACUUUAUUCUCAA